AUGCUUUUCCGGAGUUUAAGGUCAACGUGGUUAACCAUCUUGUUUUGGAAUAGCGUUUGUUCCCAGCUGUUGUAUGAAAAUAAUAACCAAUGGAACAAUCAGUUGAUAAUUGAUAGCAACGAGGCAUCAGCACAAUUGUCACAGGAGAGGUUAGAGGCUCUUCUUAAAGAGACGAAACUUGAGUCGGAAACUUGGAGAAGCAGAUACGAAACGCAUAUGGAAUCUUUCAACAUAUUACCGACAGUAUGCAAAGAACAUGUCCACAAUGUUUCAAAAGUAAUAGAUAUCUGUCGAGACGACCGUUCUCUGGUAUUUCCUCAUCAUGACAAAUGUCAGCUGUAUUACAACUGCUCCUUGACGUAUGCCGAAGUUCCAUCUCACUUAGAGCAGCACAUGGUGGAAUGUUCAUACCCAAGUCUGUUCUCUACAAAAUCUUUGAGAUGUGAAAACUUUACAGAUGUAUGCUGCGGAUUAAGAAAAGAGCUGAAGGAUAAAUGUGAUUAUAGUUUGCAUUCGGAAAGCACCCCUACAUGCAACCAAAAAUACCCUAGUUGUAGCGGGAAAACAGACGGUUAUCACAAAAGCAACAAUGGACAACACUCAUAUUUCAAUUGCUUUAGGGAGCGAUUAAUGAACAUGGGAACUUGUGACAACGAUGAUUUGUGGAAUAUUAAGCAGAUAGUAUAUGAAGGCCAAUGCCGAAACCCCUACGAAGUUCCUGUGAAAGACGGCGGUUUGCUUUCUAAUUGCGAUGGGAAGAAUGACGGAAAUUACGCCAAUGAUUUUAAUAUCGGAUACCGAGGAGAUGUCAAAUUCGGAAGAAUAUGCGAUGCUUACUAUCAUUGCCAAGGAGGCGUGUCUAGAGCUGUCAAAUGUCCAAAUGGAACUGUGUUCGAAUCAGUAAGUAAAACUUGUAAGCCAGGGAAUCAUUCUAAUGGACUGGGAUGUCAGCUUUAUUGCAAUCCUGACUUCAAGACGUUUUACAGUUUUCCAAACAAUUUUGCGGAAUGUCCGUAUCCAGAGCAGUUCUCUGACGUCACUCAUCGAUGUGAAAACUUUACGAAGGUCGCAUGUGGAUCGCGUCCACAAGUCAAAGACUACUGCAAGUACUUCUUUAAUGUACGUCUGACAAAAUGCGAGACUUACACUCCCAGCUGCGCAGGUCUACCUGAUGGAUUUAACAUUAACCCAAUAACAAUUGGCAGUACAAAUUAUAUGAUCUGUCUUCAAGAAAGAGUUAUCGCUAAAGAAAAUUGUCCGAUAGAUGAGGAAUGGCAGGCGCAAAUGUUUCCAUACAACGGAAAGUGUACACAUCAAUAUGCUAUUCCGACAUCCUGGUAUAAUGUUGGACUUCUUCCAAACUGUGCCGGAAUAGCUGACGGACAUUACCAAUAUCCUACUAGACCUUGUGGCCCCUACUACUACAAAUGUAAAGGCUGGGUCGCAACCGCGAUGAAAUGUCCACCUAAUACCAUGUUCGACAAAAUCACUGGCGUGUGUAAGCCCGGAAUAUCUUGUUCUUGAUCACUAUUAUGAUAUCGACAAUUUGAUUUCAAGAAAAGUUUAUGAUUUAGAGUGUAAAAGGUUUCAGCGAGAAGAAAGUCAAACCAAUCGCCUUUGAUAUAUAAUAUGUAAUAUAGUAUGCUUCAGCUUGAUGUAAUUACUAAACACUACGAGUAACCUGGCUCUAGGUUAUAAAACUUUUUACAUACUCGUACUCCAAGUCGUACUCCAUACUCGAAUGGUACA